AUCCGGCAUGCUGAGCCAAGUCGACGUAAAAGACACAAAUAUUUGAUUUUCAAUAACAUGCUUCAGCUGAAAAACUUUAUUUUUAACCAGGUAGAACGUAACGCUAAAACAUGCGUCAUCCUGACCCCCACAGACGUCCAUAACGCGGCUUUUUUCAUUGGUUAAAAUCAUCGUACUGUUGACUCAGAUAACAAAAGUUGGCGUUAUUUUCAGGCCCCUGGUUCAUAUAAAAGGACCAAAACAGAGACAGUUGAGCAGUCUUGAUUGUACGUUCGAAGCAAGGAGAAAAAUGAAGGGGUUUGCUCUAACGUUGUCCUGCUUUACCUUCACUGUUCUAUUUGUAACAAUACAGGGACAGAGCUUACUGGAUAAGAUUCGUACUCGAAAUAUGAUGCGACAAGUGAAUAUGAAUGAUGAUGACAUGUCAUAUCUCGAUCAGUUUGGGUAUAUGUCAGGAGAAGGAGAAAUGAGCACUGAAAAAAUGCGGACAGCAAUCGAGAACUUCCAACGAAUGGCUCACAUCCGUGUGACCGGCCGCAUGGACUUUCGCACACGCCUCAUGAUGAAGAUGCCUCGGUGUGGAAUGGCUGAUAUGGGGCCUGACAGCGAGAUGGGGGCGUCACAGUAUGGUGUUAGGAUAACUAAAAGACAAACCAGAAACGGCGGAUGGAGGAAACGAGACCUUACUUGGAGACUGGAAAACUUUACACCUGAUAUGGCUCCUAACAUCCAAAGAGACGCUUUUAGGAAGGCCUUCAAACACUGGAGUGACGUGACUCCACUUACAUUCAGAGAACUGCAGAUUGGGGCACCGGGCAGAUCCGACAUCCGUAUUCGGUUUAUGAGCUCUGGGAGGUCCUUUGGAAGAAGGGGAGGUGUUCUGGCAUAUGCAUUCUUCCCAGAGAAUGGCAACACUCGUUUUGAUGAAAGCGAGCGCUGGACGGCCAAUAACAAGCCGAGAGGCGGGAUCGAUUUGGAGAUUGUGGCCACUCACGAGAUAGGCCAUCUCCUCGGCCUGCCGCAUUCCCGAGUACGUGGAGCUGUCCUUGCACCCUUCUACGGGGGUUACGAACGCAACUUUGCGCUGCGCAGGGACGACAUUCAGAGAAUCCAACGCAUAUAUGGGCGUAAUACUCGGCCACCUACUCCCCAACCUACUGUGAGGCCCACCCCACGUCCCACUCCACGGCCCACCAGAGGGCCAACCACAGGAAACGGCAACAGAUCACAGUGCUCCAAUAAUUUCAGGAUCGACGGCAUGAUGGAAGUAUCAAAUUCAAACUACUACGUAUUUAGUGGGAGUCAGGUGUACCGUUUAACAGCACAGGGAACAGUGGCACGCGGCUACCCGAGGGCGAUCACUGCCGACUUCCCGAGCGCACCAAGUAAUAUUGAUGCUGCCACCCAUUCCGAUAGAACUGGCUUCAGUUAUUUAUUCAAAGGUAAAAAACUGUUCAAGUACAGAGGCAACACACUUAUUUCUAGGACAACAAUCAGUGAUCCGAGGUUCCCCUCAAGCAUACAGGGAGCCUUGACUUGGAGAAACGGGAAUUUGUUCAUUUUUAAUGGGAACCAGUACUACCAGCUUCUAGAAGGGAGAGAUAGCAUGAGGAUUGCUCGGGGAUAUCCCGCGCCGAUUACGAGGUACUGGAGGAACAUCCCGGGUGAUUUGGACGCAACCAUUGUGACAGACGCCAACAGAUUUUCUUAUUUCUUUAAAGGAAACAGUUUCUACAAGUUUGACAACCGUAGACGAAAUUUACUGCCAGGCUAUCCAAGAGCCACAGGACCAACAUGGUUCGGGUGUUGAGAAGGAACGAGUUACUGAAAACGCUGCAGUUAUAACUGUGUAAAGUUUAUUGAUCAGAUAUAAAUCCCUGUACCACAGCCUAAAACAAAACUCACCCAUUUUGUUAUCAUGAUGUAAUCAUGCCCGACUACAAGAAAAAAGCAACAAUUUUGUUUUCAACAAGCUCAGUACACAAAUUCAAGAACCUGCAUAAUGUCAGGUUAGAGGAACAGUUUCUUAACGUCUAUGAUUAAUUGUAUUGCAAAUACAAUGGAUAAGAAAUACAAUGGAUAAUAAAUGAUUAUUUUUCACAUA